CCGAGAGACUCAAGAGCCGACGAGGUUCGAGUUCCGCAGUCCCGUGAUAACCACCCCGACGCCCGUCCGUCGUUCUCCCUCGUCUCCAACGAUAUUUUGCACGCUCACAAGCGGAGAUAACGCAUCAGGGACUGGCGAGGGGAAGAACGUCUGAGACAUGGACAAUGUGCAAAUGAUCGGGACUAAAAUCACCGCGAUCAAGGAAUACUUAUAUAACUUUGCGCGGACCCAUUCACCAACUAGACUCAUGAGUUCCGAGAACACUUACUCCCUGAGCAGGGAGCACAGCAAUCUCAAAUAUUCGGAUAUCCUCCCCCAGAACAUGGAGGGAUAUCCCGCGACAAAGGAGUUCCUGAUGAAAGUCGUGGACAUUCUACUCGACUUCAUCAAAUCCACCAACGACCGGAACGCAAAAAUCCUUGAUUUUCAUCAUCCGGCCGAGAUGGUGCAACUCCUCGAUCUCGAGAUUCCCGACACUGGACUACCCCUUCAGCAGCUCCUGCUUGAUUGCGCCACCACUCUGAAGUAUCAAGUGAAAACUGGCCACCCUCACUUUUUCAACCAACUGUCCUGUGGUCUGGAUCUGGUCUCAAUGGCCGGGGAGUGGCUGACCGCCACCGCAAAUACCAAUAUGUUCACCUACGAGAUUGCACCUGUUUUUAUUCUCAUGGAGCACGUGGUACUGGAGAAGAUGAGGGAAUUGAUUGGGUGGAAUACUGGGGACUCGAUCCUGGCACCUGGUGGGUCAAUCAGCAAUCUCUAUGCUUUUCUGGCUGCCAGGCACAAAAUGUUUCCUCAUUAUAAGGAAAAGGGACUCUCCGCUGUCGGAGGACAACUUGUCAUGUUCACUUCUGAUCAGUGUCACUACUCCGUAAAAUCUUGCGCAUCCGUCUGCGGUCUCGGCACCGACAACUGUGUGAUGGUCCCCAGCGAUGAGCACGGCAGGCUCAUUCCCUCAAAGCUUGAGCAGCUCAUCCUGGAGCGCAAAGCAAUGGGACACAUUCCAUUCUUCGUCAACGCAACUGCUGGAACAACCGUUAUUGGUGCAUUCGAUCCGAUCUCCCAAAUCGCCGACAUCUGCGAAAAGUACAAUCUUUGGCUGCACAUUGACGCGGCGUGGGGUGGUGGGCUCCUUCUCUCGAAGAAGUACAGGCAUCCAAGACUGACUGGCAUCGAACGCGCUGACUCCGUCACCUGGAACCCGCACAAGCUGAUGGGAGCCCUCCUCCAGUGCUCGACAAUUCACUUCAAAGAGGAGGGCCUCCUGAUCAGCUGCAAUCAGAUGUCCGCCGAGUACCUCUUCAUGACCGACAAGCUCUACGACGUCAAGUACGACACAGGCGACAAAGUAAUUCAGUGCGGCCGUCACAACGAUAUCUUCAAACUGUGGCUGCAAUGGCGUGCCAAGGGCUCGGACGGAUUCGAGAAGCACAUGGACCGCCUCAUGGAGCUCAGCGAAUACAUGGUGAAGCGCAUCAAGCAGAUGCCGGAUAAAUUUUAUCUCAUCCUGGAGCCCGAGAUGGUUAAUGUCUGCUUCUGGUAUCUGCCGACGCGAGUCAGGAAUAUGCCGCAUAAUGCUCAGAGGGAAAAAAUUCUCGGCGAGAUCUGCCCAAUACUAAAAGGCCGAAUGAUGGAAUCGGGAACCCUGAUGGUGGGCUACCAGCCCGACGACCGGCGGCCAAACUUCUUCAGAAACAUCAUAUCAAGUGCCGCGGUAACAGAGGCCGACGUUGACUUUCUCCUCGCCGAGAUGGAUCGGCUCGGCCACGACCUGUAAAUCUGCCCCGACAAACCGUGUACAAAGCUUAACCGAGGACGACAACCAUGAAUAUUGAAGUAAGACAUAUUUUCCGUGAAGCAUUCAGAUGCAUUACUUGCUCACACAUCAAUUAUCCAAGCAAAAUGUUGCCACAGCAAUGGUCGAUUCGUCUGAAGCCCCUUCACGAACAAUUUAGAGAUAGAAGUAAUUCAUAAAAUUAAGUGUUGAAGCCACUGUUGAGAAAAAUCAGGAAAAGUACAUAGACUUAAGGUAAAUAAUUUAAUAGAGUACACAGCAGUGAGAGAUGCUCUUCAGUGAGAAUGAAACUACAGUUCUCUCGAUGAUCAGGGACGCAGGUGGUUCUGGUUCAGGAUUAAACCAGUCCAUAAUCGCUGAGUAGCGUAUUAAAUCGGUGAAUUAAUUUUUAUGAGCACUGCAGGGGCCAUUGUCAUUGAACCAGAAUGUAAUUGCGCGAAGCGAGCUGGCUCGUUCGUGAAUGAAAUAUUUUGCGAAUUGAAUGAGAAUAAUUGGCACUUUGAGAGUCUAACAUCCAGGCGUUGUGCGAGCUACAACGAAUUCAAUCGAUUGUUUGAGAAAGUCCGUUCAGAGAAAUUAUCCGUUGUCUCAAAUCAAUCAUGAAUAAUCUAUUUCGAAGGAAUCCCUGUCUACUGAAUAAUAAUUCGUUGAUUUUACCGUUAAGUUGAACUGAUUCGUGGCAUAAAAUAGGAGAAUACUGCACUGAGAGAAACACGACAGAGUUCUCAAACAAGUCCUACUUGUGCCGAGAAAAUAGUUUUUUGAAAAUUAUCAUAAGAGGAUUUUCUUGUGCCAAACAUGCAGAGAGUGCGCCGGAAUGAAAAAUUUUUAUCGACUCCCUCGUUAGUCGAUACUCCCAUACAUAAUUUUGCUCCCGAAAAAUCUUUGUUUUAUGCGGAACAAGGGAUAGCAGUUUUUCGUUUCGGUUGUCUAAU